AUGCGCGCCUCAAUCAGCGCGCUCCUUCCAUUCGUGUCCGCCGCAAUCGGAGCCUCCAUCUGGAGGCGUGACGGUCCGCCCACUGUCUCACUCGACUAUGCCACCUUCCAGGGCUUCAGCUCGGUUCAAGAUACCGAGUCCUUCUACGGUAUCCCGUUCGCGCAGCCCCCCGUUGGCAAGCUCCGCUUCGCUCUCCCGCAUGCGCCAGCCAAGAUGUCGGGUGUGCAGAAUGCGACCGCGUUCAAGAACGGGUGCCCGCAACAGCCUGUGCUCGCACCGAAUGGCAGCUUCCCGACUAACCCUGGCCUUAACGGUAUCCUGCCAUAUCUUGCCGUCCUCCAGCCUCACGGCAUCGUCGCUACAUCUGAGGACUGUCUUUACCUCAACUUGGUUCGUCCAGCCAACACUACUGCUGACUCCAAGCUUCCUGUUGUUGUGUGGAUCUACGGCGGUGCUUUCGAGGCUGGUGAUGCUUCCUCAACCAAUGGUACCGAUAUUGUUGGCCGUUCGCUUGAUCUUGGUCAGCCCGUCAUCCAGCUAUCAUUCAACUACCGCAUGAAUGCUUUUGGUUUCCUCGGUGGUGCAGAAAUAAAGGCUGCAGGUCUUGGUAACGCUGGUCUCUGGGACCAAUACGCUGUUCUGCAAUGGGUACAGAAGUACAUCUCGUCCUUCGGUGGUGAUCCAAACCGUGUCAUCAUCUGGGGCCAAUCCUCUGGCUCGAUCUCCUGCAUGUUGCAGAUGGUACACAACCCACAAACUCCCCUCUUCCACGGCGCCGUCAUGGAGUCCGGCACGGCCUCCGCGCUCAAGGACAUCUCCACCGGGCAGGACAACUUCGACUUCAUCGUCGCACAGACGAACUGCACCUCCGCGGCCGACAAGCUCGACUGCCUCCGUGACGCGCCGUACGACGCGAUCCUCAACGCGGUGCUCGCGACGCCCGCGCUUCUCGACUACCGCGCGCUCAACACGUCGUGGCACGCCUUCGUCGACGGCACGUUCCUCACGCAGUCGGCGCAGCAGGCGCUUGCGAGCGGCGCGUACGCGCGCGUGCCGAUUAUGACGGGCGACGUCGACGACGAGGGCACGCUGUUCUCGCUGUUCAAUCUGAAUGUGACGACGGACGCCGAGUUCAGCACGUACAUCCAGGAGAUUUUCUUCCCGUCCCUGCCCGCCUCGGACAUCGCACAGCUCGCGACGCUCUACCCGGCCGACCCCGCCUUGGGCUCGCCGUACGACAUGGGCACGCAGAACGCGCUGACGCCCGAGUACAAGCGCAUAUCGUCGUUCCAGGGCGACUACUACUUCCACGCGCCGCGUCGGCUCGCGCUGGACGCGCUGAGCCAGACGCAGAAGACGUGGUCGUGGAUCUGGCGGCGGAACAAGUACGUGCCCGGGGUGGGCUCGUUCCACGAGUCCGACCUGCAGGAGUUCUAUAACCUCAAUAACACGGAUUUCGCGGGGACCGACGCGCUGCUCAACUUUGCGUAUAACCUGGACCCCAAUGUGCCGCAGGGCGGGUACGCGACGGGCGCGAAGAGCGUACUGGCGGAUGUGCAGUGGCCGACGUAUGAUGGGGCGAAGCAGCUGUUGUCGUUCUAUGACACGGAGAUUUUGAAUAUCACGACGGACGAUUUCCGCGUGCAGCCGAUUCAGUUCUUGCAGGGUAUCCAGAAGAAGUUGAAUUCGUAGGCGCCUAGAGACGUGUUUUUACAUAGCGGCUCUAGGACGGUUGACACUGGGGCGAGACAUAGGUCACAGAAACGACUCCUCUGUAUGGGACUGCGAUAUUGCGUUGCAUACAUUCGUUGCCUAUUAGCUAUUGCUGCAUGUCGGACUCUUGAAUAUUAUCGCAUACAAUACUCCUCUCGCCACUGACAUUCUUUUGUAUUAUUAUUUGAUAUCUAAAAAUAUCUAGUGGUCAUAUUCUAAACUUGCUACACCGAAAUGAUUC